CACACAAAAGAUUACUAAGGAGGUUUGCCUUUUUUUUUUUUUUUUUUUUUACCUUCCUUCCACGGAGCUUCAUUUCUCCGGAGCCAGCGCUGAGACAGGUCGCUGCUCCGGCUCUUCCCGCAGCACUCGGGGAGAUCUUAUUUAUUGGUACCUAUUUAUUACUAUUUCAGAGUGCUCUGAAGGAAGAUCAGUUCCUCUUUAAAAUAUAUGUAAUUUCCUUUUUCUCUCGUUAUUUUUUAAACUUUUUUUUUUUUUUUUUUUUUUUUUUUUCCUGGCUGCUGUUUUCUGGAAAGCAGAACAAGAACACGUUAUUUUUUUCUAAAGCACCGAGAGCACACGCAUUUUCUUGGCCAAAGUUGCUGAAGUCUUUGUCGGACAGCUCGUCUUCUGCUUGGCUUUUCCUGGCUCUGGAACAACCUGCAGAAGGGGUUUGCUGGGACUCGCCAGCCUUUUCUCACCGUGAACCCCAACUAGAGGUUGAACUCGCUGCUUCGGGGAAGCAAAGAAGGAAAGAAGAGGAGAAAUCAUUUCCCCCCUUCUUGAAGACUUAAUGCUUUUCCCUUGGUCCGGGAGUGACAUGAUCCUCUGUGUUCAGGGACCUCAUCCUUUGCUGGCAGAGGAAAAGAUCAGGAGACUGUCACUCAGGGGCAUUGAGGAAUUGUCAGAGCCCAUCAUGCAGCCUCUCCCAGUUAUGGCCUUCCAGGAGGAGUCUGUGCCUGCCCUUGCACCUCCGGUUCCAGACAGCAACCCACCUCAGACACGGGACCCUGAAGAAGACCUUCUCUGCAUUGCAAAAACCUUCUCCUACCUGCGAGAAUCUGGUUGGUACUGGGGUUCCAUCACCGCCAGCGAGGCCAAGCAGCAUCUGCAGAAGAUGCCUGAGGGCACCUUCCUGGUGCGGGACAGCACCCACCCCAGCUACCUGUUCACGCUGUCCGUCAAGACCAACCGAGGGCCCACCAACGUGCGCAUCGAGUACACCGACAGCAAGUUCCGCCUGGACUCCAACUACCUGUCCAAACCUCGCAUCCUGGCCUUCCCGGACGUGGUCAGCCUCAUCCAGCACUAUCUCAUGUCCUGCACGACGGAAAGCAAGACCGAGGCUCCCUACCCACCUCCGUCUCCUCUACCUCCCCUGCAGAAAGAGGUGGCGGCAGCCGCGGUGCACUUGAAGCUGAUCCGGCCGCUGGGCCGCAAGGACAGCAUUCCCAGCCUGCAGCACCUGUGCCGGCUGCGCAUCAACAAAUGCACGGCCCGCGUGGAGCAGCUGCCGCUGCCGCGGCGCAUGGAGGAGUACCUGAAGCAGUAUCCCUUCCAGCUCUGAGGCGUGGCCCUUCUCUCUCAGGCACCGAAGGCAGAGACGCAACCACGAGAACUUUGUGUCUCCGUCCCGCUAAAGGUGGGCACGGCCAAGACCUGAGCGUCAGCGGGGACUGCAUCCAUCUUUCCUCUUCCCUUCUCUUCACGUCCAUUCCAGCCCCAGGGAGGAGUGGGUCGUUUCAGUGAGCAACGGGGCACCAGCUGAGCUCUGACCCUCGGGCCGUGCCCGCAGUGGCUCUGAGAAGCUCUGUGGGCACGGCCACACUACUUGAAUGUCAGAGCUGCCGUGACACCGGACAUGUUAACGUCGUUAUUUUUGCUAUUUAUUUCCAUGGCAGUUUCUCUCCUCAUGGUAUUUUUAAAGCACCUUUUACUUUAAUGUGGUUUUUUGUUUCUUUUGUGGAAGUAGAGAUAGCAUAAAGGCUCCCAGCCGAAGCUCUGUGGGAAUUUGGAUUUGGAUUCACAUCCAAACAGCUUCUGUUUGAGCCUGUCCCUGUGACAGGUUACAGGAGUCCACAUCCAAGCUCUCCCAGGCUUCUGGAGUAUGUAAGACUCAGCUGACUGUAUCCAGACCCACCUCUACAGAGGUAAAGACUAUUUGUUUUUUUCUUCCUACAGAGGGUAUCACAACCUCAGAGCACAGUGGGAACUCCCAGAGAUGUGUGCUGCAUCACAAGUGGACAGGAGACUUCUUUGAGGAAGAAGCUCUUCUUCCUUGAGAGCUCUAAGCAGAGAUCUGGACAGUGAGGUUGGGCCAGGGAGCACUCAUCCCAUUUUUUUUCCAUCUUCUCCAUCUUCAAAGGAAGUUUGUGACAAAACAUUUCAAAACUAGUAAUUAGAAACCAAAUUUUCUCAUAUGCAGUCACAAGGAUUUAAUUUCAGAGCACCGUGUUUGGCUUGUGUUUUCAAAGUGCUGUUCCCUGACCUUGCCCUUGCCUGAGACACAGGACAGGACCAGGCUCUCCUUGAGCUCUGCUGGGCUGCACCAGCAACACGCACAGCUUCAGGAUAUAUAUAUAUAUAUCUAUAUCUCUCUUUCUGGGCACACUUGGAGGCACCCCAGCCCACAGAGCUGUCCCUGCUCCCAGGCUGCCUCAUGCUCUGCGUUAGUCACCAGCCCCGCCAGCUCCGGGCUGGAGCAUACACUGGAAACCACAGUGCAGCCAAGGUCCAGACCUCUCCUCCCCGCCUCUGACUUGCAUGUUUGUUAUCCCUAAUUAGGCUUUUGGCUCUGGGUUUCAUUCUCACACCCUGUCCCUUUACUCCCUGCAGAUGAGGCACAAUGGCUCUUCCCCUGCUCUUUCACACUUGGGAUCUGCCCCAAACCAGCACAGACAAAUUGCCCCUUCCUGUUCAUUUGCUGAAUCCCAUCAUCUUCCCAGCCCUGACAUCGAUGAGAGUAGAGGAGGGAACAGACAGGUCUACAGGAAUUAUUAUCUGGCUUAUUUUGCCCCUAGGACCCCCUGACUUGUUCUAGCAUGAGUGAACAUUAAGGAUUCCUUAUUCAUCCCUCCCUGGGACUCUCUCUGAGGCUUUGUAAAUCAGAAUGGACAAACCCCCAGCUAUAGCUGAGUGUUGGUAGAGAAGAUGGAAAAUGAUGGGAUGGUGACCCAGGAGACAAGCUCAAAAAAUGGGGGAGUUUCUUCCAACCUAUCUUAAAGCUGCCGAAAGGGACAAGAUGGCCUGAUGUGCUUAGUCAGUGUCCUUUUUGUUUUUUCUCUCCACAUUUAUACAAGUUUGUGCUGUUGCAAGCUUUGUUUUUGAUACUUUGAUGAUUGACAGUGUGCAUGUGUGAUGUCAGGUUUGCUUUUUGGUAUCUCCUUCCCCCUUGCCCUCUAUGGCAGCAACCAUGGGAAGGUAUUGAAUGAGAAUGAAAACGUAGAAGGCAAAAAGGAAAACUUUUUUUUUUUUUUAAAUAAUAUGAAUGAUAAACCACUGAAAAGGCUUCCUUUUAUCCAAACACCUCUAUCAGCCUGAGGACACUGGGAACAAGAAACCACAGCUCUCCAAGGAGCAGCAGUGAUAUCAGGAAGCCCACAGAGCUCAGCCACAGGCCUGGUAACUACAGCUUGAGAAAAAUCAGUAGGAGCGGUGUACAGCAGGGAAGGGCAGGUUGUUCAGCUCUCUGAACCUUGCCUCCUACUUGAUCUGUUCUCUUGGGGGUGAUGGGGAGGUCAAGCUGUGGGUUUGACUCACUGCCCCCAGAGAGCCCAGGAGCUCUUGGCUGACCCCAAACUGAAGGCUGUGAGCUCCCACGGGCAGGGACCAGCUCUGUUCUGUGUUUGUUCUGCAUUUAGCACAGUAGGGAUCUCUAGGUGCUACUGCAAUACAACAAAUAAACAAUACAGUUACUCCAAAAAGUCAGUCUCUUCUAUCUUGAGACAGUUUGUUAAAAAUCAUUUGACUCUGGAUUUUAAAUAAACAUUUUAAAUAUA